AUGAACCCUGAGUCAUACGACUACCUCUUCAAGCUUCUCCUCAUUGGAGAUUCCGGUGUUGGAAAGUCCUGCUUACUACUUCGAUUUGCCGAUGAUACCUACACGGAAAGCUACAUCUCCACCAUCGGUGUCGAUUUUAAAAUUCGCACUAUUGAACUCGACGGAAAGACAGUGAAACUCCAGAUUUGGGAUACUGCGGGCCAGGAGCGAUUCAGGACUAUCACGUCGUCUUAUUACCGUGGUGCUCAUGGUAUCUGCGUUGUCUACGACGUCACUGAUAUGGACUCAUUCAACAACGUUAAGCAGUGGCUCCAAGAAAUCGACCGUUAUGCCACCGAGGGUGUCAAUAAGUUGCUUGUGGGCAACAAGAGCGAUAUGGAAGACAAGAAGGUAGUGGAGUACACAGUGGCCAAGGAAUUUGCGGACAGCCUCGGAAUACCGUUUCUGGAGACCUCGGCCAAGAAUGCCUCGAAUGUCGAGCAAGCUUUUUUGACAAUGGCUAGACAGAUCAAGGAACGUAUGGGAACUGCCACCGUCAACAACAAGCCUACUGUGCAAGUUGGUCAGGGCCAGGGAGUUCAGUCUGGCUCUUCCGGCGGCUGCUGUUAG